AGAGGGAUCUCUGGGAGCUACGGGGGUAAGACUGAGGCGCUCCUGGAAGGAUGAGGUUCUCUGGAGAUUAAGCCGUCCCCCCCGAACCGAGACUGGGGACCAAAGAGUACCCUGCGGGGAGCAAGCAGUCCCGGGGUCGGGAGCACAGCAGAGCCGGGGAAGUUGAAUCCUAGAGAAAGGGGCUACGAUGAGUAAGAAGCCUCCGAAUCGCCCUGGAAUUGCUUUUGAGAUUGGCGCACGGUUGGAAGCACAAGAUUACUUACAGAAAUGGUAUCCAUCAAAGAUAGAGAAGAUUGAUUAUGAAGAAGGGAAAAUACUAAUCCAUUUUGAGCGAUGGAGUAGUCGUUACGACGAGUGGAUACCCUGGGACAGCACCCGGAUCCGUCCUUUAGAGAAGCCUGCGUUAAGGAAAGAAGCCCCGAAUGAAGACGAAGAAAUAUAUGAUUUCAAGGAAGGAGAGGAGGUGCUGGCUCGUUGGACUGACUGCCGUUAUUAUCCUGCUAAGAUAGAGGCUAUAAACAAUGAAGGAACGUACACUGUGCAGUUUUACGACGGAGUCAUAAGGUGCCUGAAAAAAACGCACAUCAAAUACAUGCCGGAAGAUGCAAAAGGCCAGGAUUGGAUAGCGCUGGUAAAAGCUGCAGCGGCUGCUGCGAAGAAUAAACCUGCCAACAAACCCAGGACAAGCGCAAACAGCAAUAAAGACAAGGAGGAAAGAAAGUGGAGUAGAAUGUCAUCCAAGAAAGAAGAACCUUACCCAAGUAAAUCCAUCGACCUUUUCCACGAGGAAGAACCAACCUCCAGUAGAAACCUCGAAAUUGCGGUGGAUGAAGUUCCAAUGACUCCUCAACAGCAGCAAGACGAUGAAAUUUUAUUAAAGAGGAAAAUUAGUCAAGCAAGUUCUUUCCAAGCAAAGCGGGCCCGUCUGAACAAAAUUACAGGUUUGUUGGCAUCUAAAGCAGUUGUGUUGGAUGACACAGAAAAGAAGGAACACCCCACUGAAAAGGCAUCGAGGCUGGAGGAGGCGAUUUCUCCCAAACCUCAGAGUCAGAAACACAAUGAAGCUGACAUGUGCCGUUCUGGCAUCACACUGAAACCCACGCUGUUCCCGACAGCGCUGCCCUCGUCAGGGAAGGCUCGCAGCAAGAAAGACAGACGCGAACCUGGAGACGUCCCAGGGUGUAAAAAACCCCCCAUACCCCGUGUGUCUCCAGACUUAAUGCAAGGUACGGCGCCCCUCGAUAAUCCCUCUAGAUCUGUUGGGCGUAAUCAUCGACGAAGAAGAUCCCAACGUCUCGAGAUCCCUUGUUCUUCGCUGAGUGAUGGGAAAGGAAUGCAAAUCUAUCCGGAGCAAGACGUAACAGUAGCCAAGGUACCCGCUGUUGCCUAUACGUCUCCAGAGAAGCAUGAACCUCUUGACCUAAGUCACGGCGCGGAACGGACAGUACCUUUAAUCCCAGAACCCUCUGUCCCCGUCGACUGUCCCAGUAAAGAGAAGGAAAACAUACAAACGAUAACCUAUUCUUCCAAAGCCAUAGCUGACGGCAGAACGGCUUCAACGUCUGCAGCUCCAUUGACCCAUGCCUUACCCGUGGACAUGGCGCUGCCAAACAGCCAGAAGAUGGCUAAGGGGAGUAAAAAGAAGAAAUCUUCUGUUUCUUUAAGUUCAGAAGGGACAGAGACGUUGCCUCCUGUAUUAGGAAUAGACAGACUCUCUGAUAAUGUGCAGGAAAAAAUAAUACAGAAAGUCAAUGAGAAGGACAAGCAUUCAGAAGUUGGAGUUGUAAAACCAGAAAAGAAAAUAAAGGAAGAGAAAACAUCAUCUUUGGGCAAGAAGAAAGAACGGGAUAAAGAUCGAAAAGAGAAAGACCACUCCAAAGCCAAGCAAAAAAAGAAGAAGAAGAAAAAGAAGAAGAGCAGACAGCAAGACUAUUCAGAUUACGAAGACAGCUCAUUGGACUUUCCGGAUCAUGGGACCUCUCCGUCAACGCGGUCGUCCUCUGGCGCUUUAUCUUUGCGGAAUCCGCUAACCGUAAAAAAUAGCACGUUCCAAUUCCCCUGCGCCAUCCUGUCUAUCGAUUUGACUGGAGAAAAUCUUUCCGACAUGGAGUUUCUAGGCGACUCUUCAACCGAAAGUUUGAUCCUUAGCGGCGAUGAGUACCAUCAGGACUUUGAUUCGAUUAAUUUUGACGACUCUCAGGAUGAGGAAGAAGCCAUCAAUGAAAUUGUGAGAUGUAUUUGUGAAAUGGAUGAGGAGAAUGGUUUCAUGAUUCAGUGUGAAGAGUGUCUGUGCUGGCAACACAGUGCGUGUAUGGGCCUUGUGGAAGACAGUAUCCCCGAGCAGUAUAUCUGCUAUGUCUGCAGCAACCCACCAGGUCAGAGGUGGAGCGCAAAGUACAGAUAUGAUAAAGAUUGGUUUAAUAAGGGCCACUUGUGUGGUCUGUCCUUUAUAAACGAAAACUACUCUUAUAUUAACGCCAAAAAGAUUGUAUCCACUCACCAUCUACUAGCCGAUGUGUACGGGGUGACGGAAAUUCUGCACGGACUUCAGCUCAAGAUCGGCAUUUUAAAGAACAAAGACCACCCAGACCUUCCUCUGUGGGCGCGUUCAGGGAUGCCAAAAGAAGUGGACAAGCGAGCACUGCCUUCGGGCGACUCUGUGAAUCCAUCCGAGAGACCAUGUGUGAAAAACAAAGCUCCUGCUAAUGUCCCUGGUAAGACAGAAGACACGUACAUAACUAGUGAGCACAGUUACCAGAAACCCCAGGCCUACGAAAGUGGAUGCAGGUUGUUAAACAACGCCGCUGUCUCAGACGACGACGAUGGCAUGUGCGUCGACACUGGGAAACAUGAACUCCAGACGGUCAGUAGGAAAAGCGCAUUGGAUCCAGCAAGCAUGGUUCGGAGGAACGAGCAGAAUCCAGUGGAAGAGAAUCCAAUCCACGAGAAAAUCGGGACCGAAGAGCAGAUGGAGCCUCAUCUACAAUGGCAGCUAAAUCUCCUGACCCAUGUAGAGAAUGUCCAAAACGAAGUGACCAGCAGGAUGGACCUCAUCGAAAAGGAAGUCGAUGUCCUAGAGAGCUGGCUGGAUUUCACAGGAGAACUGGAGCCCCCAGACCCCCUUGCGCGAUUGCCCCAGCUUAAGAGACGGAUCAAACAGCUUUUAGUGGACAUGGGCAAAGUGCAGCAAAUAGCUACCCUGUGCUCCGUAUGACAAAAAAGAAGAUUGGCGGCAAUAUUUUGUUACUUAGGAUACAAAGAAAAGAACAUAUGUACAGGUUUUAUGUGUAUAUAUAUAUAUAUAUAAUAUAUAUAUUAUUAGCAUUGAUCCUUUGAAAGGAUUAUUAAUAAAUCCUUCAAACCAUUGAAGAGAAUAUGAGGCCUCUGUUACUUGGUGAAGCCAGGUUUAGUAGAUCGUGACCUUUUAGCCGGUAGAAGUACACACGCUCCGGACAGAGGACAGCCGCGAUUCCUGAAGCAACUCCUUAAACGCAUCUACUGACACUGAUACUCUCUCCAGAACACACCAGCUUCCCUUUGUAACAAACCAUAUGCUAAUAAAACCAUAUUAAAGCGACACCGCAGAGAAACCCUGUUAAUGUUUCUAGAAUUCUUUUGCAACCAAUAAAAAGAAGUAAGUUUUUUAAAACAGAAAGAGGUGACAUUAAUUAUAUUCGGAUUACCAGCUUUUUAAAAAAAGUCGGGCAACACAAGGUAUUUUUUUUUCUUUUCUUUUUUUUUUUCAUUCAAUUGAUGCAACAAAAAAAAAAGUGUUCUCCGUAUACCUGAAGUCGGCGUAUUCCUGAGUAUUUUACCUGCAAACACCAAAAAAUGCAUAUUGUCUCUACUGCACAAAAGGACACGAACUUAAAGAAAUAUAUAAAUAUUGUAGACUCGAUGCAGCUGAAAUAAAACUGCUUUAUGGAGCAUUUAUAUUUUAAUAUGGAGGCAUGUGGUAUAGAAAAUGAAUGUGCCAAAUGGACUACUGUAGGCAACCGAAAUAUCCCCUGCUACGGUGCUUUCAGCGCACCCAAAAUACUGGCUGAUCUUUAAAAA